UCUACCGGCACGCCCAUUGGCCGAGGAAAGAGCUUUCCGGGUGCGCGAGCCGGCCUACGCUCCGCCCACUCGAGGCGGAACAACCACCCCGCUUUCUCGCUUCUCGCUUCACGUCGCGUCGUUCCUACGACGACGACGCUUUCCUCGGGAGUACUAAUAAUACGCCGAUAUAUACCACCUAUUCUGCCACCAUGGUUCUACGUGGGAGUUCUCGGCGCAGCUUUCACGGUCCGCGCAUCGCCUCCUCGCCGAAGGAAAGACGUUGCUGAUCGGCCACGCCGAGUAGCACGAAACGACUCCACUCUGCUCGUUCUGCUCGUUCUCCUUUGCAGUCACCUACAUACCAACACCUCUACACACACACACACACACAUAUAUAUAUAUAUAUAUACAUACAUAUGUGUAUAUGUAUAUAUGUAUAUACACGUAUAUAUUUAUAUAUAUAUAUAUAUAUGUAUAUACACACGCACGCAGAAACGCGCGCACACGCGUAAAUACACGUCUUCCCGGUGUGUUUGGUUCUCUUUCCAGUUUUUGUGAUGGAUUCGCGUCGAUAGUGUCGUCGAGUGAAGCUACGUCCAAGAGUCGUCUUCCUCGAGAGAAUGACGGAGAUCGGUUAAGAAUCGUUCGUAUCACGGCAAAGGGUGAUGUGGAGGAUGCAGGAGGGUAGAAUCGUGUCGCCUCUGGGACCGGUUGUCCUGCCUAGGGAGGAGGCGGACACGCGCGUUCCACUUUCGAUGCCUUCGCAGGAAAGGAGGCACGUGUUGCUGCACGUACGCACUGCCGAUCCUUUCCUCCGUUACGAAAACGUCAGGGGGCAACAACAAACGAGCACGGCCGGUCAACAGCAAGUACCUUCGUCCUCGCCUCCGCCGCAUCAACAGCCACCGAGCUCACUUUCGAGUCCGAGCGUAACGACGAUCUCGCCGAUCUUGAGAGCAGUCGCGAGGACUACCGAGGAAUUGGACGGGUCCAGGAAUAUAGAUAGAAAGAACGACGUCGACAUGGAAAUGGAGGAGGAGGAGGAGGAGGAGGAAGAAGACCGGAAGGAACGGGAAGCCGACGAAGAGGACGACGACGAGGACAUGGAAGACGAUAGGAAAACGAUAGAGAGGAGAAACAGGAGUAUGGGAGAGGAAGAGGAAGAGGAGGAGGAGGAACAAGAGGAGGACGACGAGGACGAUAGCAGGGAAAACAGAGACGAGGAGGACGUGGAAGUUGACGUUUGCCGAGAGGAAGGUCCGGAAAGCAAUCCCAGCAGUCCGGUCGACUUAACGGCACCCUCGUCGAGGGGUACCGAUCAACAACUCUUUCUAAAUCCUUUCGGAACCCGCAUGACGCACAGUUUUUCUUGCGUUCAAGGAACUGGACCAGGUGGCGGACACCACGGUGGAGUUCAAAUGGCACCGCACAAUACGCCGUCGGUCUACAUCUCCGGUCACGUCGCCACUGGUUCCGCGGUAAUGACGAUUUGUUCCGGCGGAAACGCGAGCUCGCGAACCGCGACUGGAAAUAUAACGAGCACAACGGCGACCAACACCGUACCACCCACCACCAAGAGGUGCUUAGCAUUCUCGGUUGAAAACAUACUCGAUCCAAACAAAUUCACCGGCGGACGCGUUAUCCACAAUCGGGUGCAACACCGGCGCCAUCGUCGAUCUGGCAGCGUAAACGAAGACGGAGACUCCCGAGGCGAGUUUGCUUGUGGCAGUGGUCAAGAGGAUGAAGAGGGUACCGUGGAAACUGCGAUGGAGGAAACGGAAGAGGACGUGGAGGAGGACGACGAGGAGGAGGAUAUCGAGAUGAGAGUGGUCGAUCGUGAUUCCUCUAAUGUAACUCGUGACGUUACGAAUCAAACCUCGAUUGGUCCUAACAACAACAACAACAACAACAAUAACAACAAUAACAACAACAACAAUAACAACGGUACGUCGAAUGGUUGCAAAAAGAGACAAUCCUCUUCCUCGUCCUCCUCAUCGUCCAGCAGCGUCCAAGUACAGAACUGUCAGAGUCAAAACGGUCAAGGACAAAACUCUCAAAACGGUUCGAGUAAUGGUGGGGGUAGUGGGGGUGGUAGUGGUAGUGGUGGUGGUGGCAGUGGUGGUGGUGGUGGUGGUGGUGGUGGUGGUGGUGGUGGUGGUGGUGGUGGUAGUACAGGUGGCAAACCAAGAAGAGCUAGGACUGCCUUUACGUACGAACAACUGGUAGCUCUGGAGAACAAAUUCAAAACUACGAGAUAUCUCUCGGUAUGCGAACGCCUCAAUUUAGCUCUGUCUUUAUCCCUGACCGAGACUCAGGUGAAGAUUUGGUUCCAAAAUCGACGGACCAAAUGGAAGAAACAAAAUCCUGGAUUGGACGUGAACAGUCCAACGGUACCAACGACACCUCCUCAUCCGUCACCGUACGCACCAGCCUUCCUAUUUGCCGCUCAUCCUCAUCAACAUCCCUUACCGCACUCUCAUGCUCAUCCGCACCCACACUCGCACGCUCACGUUCAUCAUCCGUCGGCCGUGGCACCGCCACCACCUGGCUAUUAUCAUCAUCCAGCGGCACCACCAACGGCCUAUGCUCCUCCAGGAGCCACCUUCUUCGGACAUCACCUGCCUACGACGCCAACUGCCACGGCUUCUGCCUCGGCAUCGGCGGCAACUUCCACUCCUUCCUCUACCUCGGUCCUUGCCCUAUCCUCGCACACGCAUACACACGCGCAUCCUCAUCCCCAUGCGCAUCCGCACGCGUAGCGAACUCGAAAAUCCUGUUCCUCGAUCGAAUCUUAGGCUUCUUCUCGCUGCGAAGCCAAUUUUCUCACCUUUGUAAUAUAUUCCAUUUGUUUCAUUGAAAGAAGGAGGCGAGAGAGAGAGAGAGAGAGAGAGAGAGAGAGAGAGGACUGGAAAGUGAAAGUUUCGUGACGAAACAUGUCGUGAUUUUUUUUCGUCUCUUUUCUCUCUCCCCUCCCCCCCCCCCUCUCUCUCUCUCCUUUUCACCAUCGAAGGAGGGAAGUAGAUUCUAUCCCAAAGUUCGUAGCUUUAAGGUAUGCGUGUGAGCGAAUAGAGGUACGAGUGCAUUUGAAUAUACGAAAGUGAAAAAGAGAGAGAGAGAGAGAGAGAGAGAGAGAGAGACUAUAUUGCGAGAGAGUAUGCAAGUGCAAAUACGCGAGAAAUCAAAAUGAAUUUAGCGAAAAACACACGGACACGCAGAGAGACACGAAAACAGAGACAUACACGUACGUACAUAAAUACAUACACGAAGUUGCUCGACCACACGGAAUACAAGACAAAUUUAUUGUGCUGAAAUUGUGCAAAAACGAACGGCGUGAGGCGCAACGAGCGUUCCUCUGUAAAAUAAAUGCCUACCAUACGUUACGCUCGUAAACCUUUGCCAACGAGUCCAUGGCACGUGGACACGAGGAAGACCGAUUUCGAUGCUUCGUUCGACCGCCUCGAAAGUGAGAAAGAUAGAGAGGUAGAGAGAGAGAGAGAGAGAGAGAGAGAGAGAGAGAGAGAGAGAGAGAGAGAGAGAAAGCAGAGGUAGAGAUAGAGAAUGUUAGACCGACUAUGAAUAAAUAGGAGUGGAACGCCUUGUAAAUUUGUGUCGUUACGUGUUAAAUCACCGUGACGACGAAGCAUCAGCCGAGAGCCGGUCGACGAACGCUGAAAAUCGAUCUAAAAUCGUAUAAAACCCUCUUAGAUCAUCCUCUUACGUUUCUGCCCGGAGACCAUUUACCAACUCAAACGGAUAACUUUUGGAGCUUUCGCAACACCGACGAUGCAGAUUGGUUGGUAUAUAGGUAAUUGAUAAAAAAGGUCGAACUCGAAGAUCCUUUGGAUUUCUAAAUGACCGAAGAAGACUUGGCAUUUACAAUUUAUUCUCCAAGGUAAGUAUACGAGUUCGAGUA